CUUCUUUCUUAUUUUCUAUUAUAUAUCAAUGGCAUUAAAGUCACCACUUCGAAAGAAACGUAAUUUCAAAAACCUUACUUUGGAAGAUUCACCUGUGGUGCUACAUACCAGUCCAAGAACAGCAGACGAAGAAGAAUAUGCCAAACUAUGUGAACAACUUGGUGACCUUGAAAUCGGUUUGGAACUUCAACUUGACUUGCGACCGGAUGACUUUCAAACUUUAGAUGAACUUGGACGUGGUAAUGGUGGUGCAGUUUAUAAGGUAUUACAUGAACGGUCAAAUACCAUCAUGGCAAGAAAGGUAAUACAUGUUGAAGCCAAUAUCAAUGUUCGAAAACAAAUCAUUCGAGAACUUCAUUUUAUGCAUGAUUGCAACUCAAAACAUAUCGUUAGCUUCUAUGGUGCCUUUAUGCAUGGUGGAGAUAUUUCGAUUUGUAUGGAAUUCAUGGAAGUAGGAUCUUUAGAUCGAAUUUAUAAGAAACUUGGGCCUAUUCCAUUAGAUGUUUUGAAAAAGAUCGCUUUUGCUGUUGUGGAUGGAUUGAUUUAUUUAUAUGAUGAACAUAGAAUAGUUCAUCGAGAUCUGAAGCCAUCCAAUGUGCUUGUCAAUUCUCAAGGUCGUAUCAAAUUAUGUGAUUUUGGUGUUUCAGGACAAUUGAUUGAUUCAUUGGCAGAUACCUUUGUAGGCACUAGUUCUUAUAUGAGUCCGGAAAGGAUUAAAGGAUCACCAUAUACAGUGACAUCCGAUGUUUGGUCUCUUGGUAUUAUGUUGAUGGAAUUGGCCAUGGGAAGAUUUCCUUUUCCUCCAGAUGGUGAUACUUCUUUAUCCAUUUUUGAAAUGUUACAACAUAUUGUCAACGAACCUGUCCCAUGUUUCCCUGAUGAUAAAGAGAAAUACCCUACUCCUUUAGUUGAUUUUGUUAGUAAAUGUUUGGUCAAGGAUACAUCAUUACGUGCUACACCUGGAGAUCUUAUGAAUCAUGCAUAUAUUCAAUCAUCCAUACAUGAAAAAGUCGACUUGGAAAAAUGGGCCAAAAAAGUACUAGAUAGUAUAGAAUAGAAAUCGUACCAUAUUUAUAUAUAUUUAUUUCCAUACCCUUAUUUUUUUUUUCUACAUUCAUACCAUUCAAAUACACCAAAAUCAAUAAAAAGAUAUCUUUUUUUUUUAUUAUUCAAAAAAAA